AUGUGGGCGGUGCCAUCGAGGUUCUGGUUUUUGCUGUUCCCCGCCAACGAGUACAAGAUCGUGGUGGCCGGGUUGGAGAAUGCCAGCCAAGCGACGACGCUCUACAAGCUGCACCUGGGAGAGGUCGUCAACACGAGCCCUUCCAUUGGGAGUAACGUGGAGGAGGUCGUCUACAAGAACAUUCGGUUUGAGUCGUGGACCAAGGAUGUCCCCGUGCUCAAAUCUUUGACAAGAAAGGAGUUAGGAAAGAAUUCAAUUGAGUUCUGUGAAGGUUGGGCUUCAAGCAACGGUGACAAGGUAGGCGGCGAUCACCUCCUGCAGCGCUCCACCGUCGAUCUUUGGAGCAGCGAUUGGUGGGACACGGAAAUCUGCAGUGUGGUAGAGGCCAGAGAUAUCUGCAGCAAUUCGCUACCGAAUGGGAGAUGGCUGGGCUGUGUCCGCUUGAUGGCCGCCUCCUCUUACAGGGGUGAUGAAUUGAGAAGAGGCACUACGGAACUAAAGGAGAAGGAGCUAAUGUUUCUACAAUGA